AGUUUAUUCCCGGGAGGAGAGUGUUUUGUGAUGGGAGGAACUUGAUUCCAGACGGACCAGAUAUCAGCUUCCGGUACCGCGCCGAAGAAUAAGGAAGUGAAGAUGUCGCGGCUCCACCGGACCCGAGUUGCCGAGUUCCGAGAUGCUUUGGAUGAACCAAACAUCAGCCUCGUCAGACUGCGAGAGCUGUGCUUCAGUGGGAUCCCUUUUGAAGGGGGACUACGUUCCAUUUGUUGGAAGAUCCUGCUGAAUUACCUGCCCACGGAGCGGGAUCAGUGGAGCUGCUUCCUGAAGAAACAGAGGGAGGUUUACACACAGUUCCUGAAAGAGCUGAUAAUACAGCCGGGAAUCGCUAAAGCCAAUCUGGGUUUCUCCCGUGAGGACGUUACACUGGAAGAUCAUCCAUUGAACACCAACCCGGACAGUCGAUGGAACACAUACUUUAGGGAUAAUGAAGUUCUUCUGCAGAUUGACAAGGAUGUGCGGAGGCUGUACCCAGACAUGGCGUUUUUCCAGCGCCCGACCGACUACCCGUGCCUCCUGAUCAUGGACCCACAGAACGACUACGAAACAUUGCGGCGACGGGUGGAACAGACGACGCUGAAAGCUCAGACCGUGGCGCACAACCGCAGUGGGGUCACUAACGUCUCCUCACCCCGGAAAGUGCCCUCCUCGAGCGAGUACGAAGUGCUGCCUGAGGGCUGCGAGGCUCACUGGGAGGUGGUGGAGAGGAUCCUGUUUAUCUACGCCAAGCUGAACCCAGGCAUCGCGUAUGUCCAGGGCAUGAACGAGAUCGUGGGACCGGUUUACUACACGUUCGCGACUGACCCCAACACAGAGUGGAAAGAGCACGCUGAGGCCGACACCUUCUUCUGCUUCACCAGUCUGAUGUCUGAGAUCAGGGACAACUUCAUCAAGAGCCUCGACGACUCCCAGUGCGGAAUCAGCUACAGGAUGGAGAAGGUUUACUCCACCCUCAAAGAGAAGGACCUGGAUCUCUACUUGAAACUGCAGGAAGAGAGCAUCAAGCCGCAGUUCUUUGCCUUCCGCUGGCUCACGCUACUCCUGUCCCAGGAAUUCCUCCUUCCCGACGUCCUCCGCAUCUGGGAUUCUCUCUUCUCCGAUGUGAAUCGCUUUGAUUUCCUCAUCCUGGUCUGCUGUGCCAUGCUGAUUCUGAUCCGAGACCAGCUGCUUGCAGGGGACUUCACAAUAAACAUGAGGCUGCUGCAGACACUGGGGUCCUUCCACAAAGCCGCCCGUUGGGAAGUGUCAGUGUACCCUGUCUCCAAACCCCAGGGAAGUCCUUUCACUGCCAAAGCGCACCACCAGUCUCUGGAUUAUCCGAUCUCUGACGUUCACCUGAUCCUAAAGAAAGCCAAGGAGCUCCAGGACUCCGCGUAGCGACAGUCGGGAUGGGACCCGGCCGUUUGUUGUUCCAGGGAAUCACAGCAACAGCAAUGCAUGGUGACCAAGCUGCCUCUGCAGUGCCUUAGGCAAUGCCUGUUCACACUGCCGUGCGGUGUGGCUGACCUCUUUACUUUGUGCCGUGGCAAUCUCCUCGCCGCUGGCUGUGUGUGUGAGACAGUGCACUCGUCGCCCUGAACAAUGAGCUUUAUAAUUGCACUCAAACCCACUCUGAACCAGUAAUCAUCUCACUCUCACAACUAAAGAAGAAAGGAGUGGAACUACAAAGUGAUCCUAAACUCGGUGCUGUGACCCCCCCACUCCCUUCCCUCCCCAUCCCCACUGCCUUUCUCUCCCACUCCGGGAGAUAUUUGAAUGUGACUGGCAACCCGAUGUGAAGCCUAAUAUCUGAAUUUAUUUGGGAAAUCCACGCUGUGAGCCCCAUCACCCCUUAACCUCUCUUCGUAUUGAAGACAUUCCAGUGUUCUGACUCAGCUUCUUCCCGUGUGCUGAUGUGUUGCAGAGCGCGACUGUUGGCGUCUCUGGAAGAUUGUCAACAGCAAUUAAUCAGUCCGUUUGCAGUGUUGUGCCUGAGUUUGCAGUGUUGCUCGUACAGGUUUGUGCCUGCGUGUCGAUGGAGCUCGGUGUAGGGAGUAGGGGGUUGUAAGAGUCUUUUACACGACUAGCCAGCGCCUGGGGAUUGCUGCCAUUCAGACCGAGCGCUCAGAGUCUUAUCUGUCGAGUGGAAAUCUCAGCCUGUUCCUGUUCGGCCGCGCUCUCUGAAACUUCACUACAUUUAAUGCAACAGUAUCACUACCAAACGACGUGUGUUAACAGCAUUUAUUGUUUCUCUAAUUCUCCAGUCAGGGGCGACUUGUUAACAAGGGGGAGAGGGGCUGUGAGCCACAUGGAUCCAGUCACAAUCCCCUUCCUAUUUUUUCCCCCCUCUCUCUGCAUGGUGUGAGGGCUGCUGCUGUCUUACACUGCGAUGAAUGAGGUGUAACCAUUGAGUUAGUGCUUCUGUUAGUUAAGUUCAAUGUGAAACACACUCCAAACUCCCAAUGGCAGCAGUUAGUGCCCUUGUGAUUCGGACUGGUGUAAAGUCUCGAACUUACUGAUAUGGGAUCUUUUACCCCAGUGUUUAGCGCUUAGAUGCACAUUCCUUGCCUGAUUUCUCAGCGUGUUGACUGCCCGGGAGCUCGGUUACAAACUGCAUUGUCGGUACAGAACAUUCAAAACACACAGUCACUACACUUUACAGUGUUUCCUGUGAAGCGCUUCGAGUCGUCUCUGAUAGUGACGUGACAGGGCAUUAUAUUGAAUGCAAGGAUUGUUAUUAUUCCCUCGGAAACCAGCUCUUUCUUUCCCCAUUCCUGAAGGCCGUCGACUAGGAUAGGAUUUUUACUGGCAUCACUCCUCCCUCCCUCAGCACCUUGUCUUGAGUCGCCAUUAAUCGAGCGAGCGUGGGUCAGGCGCUGUGCUGCCUCUGUGGACAAACACCCUGUCAGCACUAUCUACACUACCACGUGACACACGUGAGAAAUACCAAGAGCCAGUCCGUGCUGUCUGGGCGUCUUUAACACUAUUAUCUCAAGGUUAAUGAGCACGUAACUGUGUCAAAGCCUUUCGACAAUGUGCACAGAUGGUACCAAAAAAAGAACAGCGAUUAGAUCUUCCCACACAGUCAGUACUGUUUUGCCAUCCCCAGCUUCACUGGUGGAAUGUCACUCCCAGACAGUCUUCUGUACCUUUGGCGUCUCUUUGACAUCUGAGAGAGAACGCCUGAUGGAUGACGUGGUGCAGUGCCUGAGCGGUGUCUCAGGACAUGAGAGAAGCUGUUCAGUGCUGCAGUCCCGGUCACUCACUCAGUUUAAUUCAAUUGCCUCAAAAGUCCAGCCUCCAGCUGUCACCAUACUUUCUCAGCCUAGUUUUAGUGACACGGUCCAGGUUGAUGUUUUGCGAGACUAGAAUGUCUUCGAUCAGUGUUGGUGUGUUCCUCUUCAACCGUGCUUAAGGCCACCUUCCCCCCCCACCCCC